AUGGCGACCGAACGAGUCGGAGAAUCUUCCGACUCCUUGUCUCGGCGACGCCCAACCUUCGCGACUCGAACUGCUCAGGAGGAUGUCUCACGUCUCGACCCCGAGGACUCGGUCAAUGCUACCCCCAAUGAGCGUACUCGCUUGCUACCUUGGCCACCGAUUCAAUCGGACCGUCCGCACGAGCCCGUGAAUUCCCAAGAAAGCGAGAACCAACGCCAUUCCUCACCCAUACAUUACUUCCGGGGCCUUUUUCGGUGGUGGCAUAAACGAGCGGACCAUGAUCAAGAACAGGAGACUAGUGGAGACACCAGUUCACAAAAUGUGUACCUGUCUGCGGGUCCUCUCCGCGACUCCCGCGCCGAUAAGAAGGACAAGAGUGGACAUCGAUCCCGAUCGGUGGAUGAGCCCAAGAAGCUUGGUACAUUUUCCGGUGUUUUUGUUCCAACGACAUUGAAUGUCUUGAGCAUUCUUAUGUUCCUUCGGUUUGGAUUUAUCCUGGGACAAGCUGGUGUAUUGGGCAUAUUAGGGUUGCUACUUGUGUCAUACACCAUUAAUCUCGUGACAACAAUGUCUUUGUCCGCAAUCGCUACAAACGGGACGGUCCGAGGCGGUGGUGCUUAUUACCUUAUUUCUAGAUCUCUGGGCCCCGAAUUUGGUGGAUCCAUCGGCAUUGUGUUCUAUCUUGGCUACGUGUUUAAUACCGGUAUGAAUGCAGUUGGCUUGGUGGAUUGCUUUACUCAGAACUUUGGGACGCAGUCUGGGGACUGGGCCAAUUUCCUCGAAGAAGGCUUUUGGUGGCAGUACCUUUGGGGAACUAUUAUACUGGUAUUUUGCACAGGAAUCUGCUUGGCAGGAAGCUCCAUAUUUGCAAGGGCAAGUAACGGGCUUUUGGUCAUACUGCUCGUGGCAACCUUCAGCAUACCGCUCUCUGCAGUCUUUAUGAAGCCUUUCCCAAUUCCUCGACAGGGCGUCGAGUUCACGGGACUUCGCUUGAAAACUUUGAUGGGAAAUCUUAAACCUCAUUUAACCAAGGGAGCUGCAGGAAGCCAAAUCAAGGGACGAGAAAGUUUCCAAGAUCUCUUUGGUAUUCUAUUUCCUGCCACAGGGGGUAUCUUUGCAGGAGCAAGUAUGUCCGGUGAUUUGAAGAACCCGAGCAAGGCUAUUCCUAAGGGUACACUCUCGGGGUUGGCUUUGACCUUUGUCGCCUAUGGGCUUGUCAUCCUUGCGAUGGCGGCCUCGGUGACUCGGGAGUCUUUUUAUAACAACGUCAACGUGAUACAAAUUGUCAAUGCCUCUGAUAGUGUGAUCCUUCUGGGGGAAUUUGCAACCAGUUUCUUUUCCGCCCUAAUGGGUGUGAUUGGAUCAGCUAAACUUCUUCAAGCUAUUGCGCGAGAUAGCCUCUUGCCUGGCAUAGGGAUCUUUGCGCAAGGUGCACAGAAAACUGACGAUCCCAUAUAUGCCAUCAUUGUGACCUUCGUGUUCGCCCAAGUCACAAUGCUCUUCGACAUCAACCGCAUCGCAUCUUUUGUUACCAUGACUUACUUGAUGACUUUCCUUGUAACGAAUCUCGCGUGCUUCCUCUUGAAAAUUGGCUCUGCGCCCAACUUUCGUCCGUCGUUCCACUACUUCAACUGGCAGACUGCAGCGGCUGGAACGCUCGUCAGUGGGAUCAGCAUGUUCUUUGUGGACGGUCUUUACGCUACGGGGUGUGUAAGCAUCCUGGUGAUUCUCUUCCUGCUGAUCCAUUAUACCUCGCCGCCUAAGCCUUGGGGAGAUGUCAGUCAAAGUUUGAUCUAUCAUCAAGUGCGAAAAUACCUGCUUCGCCUGCGUCAAGAGCACGUCAAGUUUUGGCGUCCCCAGAUCCUGCUUUUUGCCAGCGAUCUCGAUAAGCAAUAUAAAAUGGUCUCUUUCUGCAACUCGUUGAAGAAAGGGUCACUUUUUGUCCUAGCUCACGUUCUUGUGACCGAUGACUUCCCAGCAGCUGUUCCCGAAGCACGUCGCCAACAGACGGCAUGGACAAAGUUUGUCGAGUAUUCUAAGAUAAAAGCUUUCGUCAACAUUGCCAUUUCGCCCGCUGCGGAAUGGGGUAUGCGGAAUAUUGUCCUAAAUUCUGGACUGGGUGGCAUGCGGCCCAACAUUGUUGUGAUUGACCAAUUCCGAUCGGACCAGUCGCUUGUUGAAACUUUAUCUUUGAACAGUGGCCGCAGAGAGUCGAGGGCUAGACGCCAUUCGUCCCAUUCGACCUCGCGAACCGAUGAGGCCUGCGAGUCUAGACCGGGAAAUCCGCCCAUGAGCGGAAAGAGUUAUGUCACAAUCCUCGAAGAUCUGUUGUUCAAGCUUCGGAUUAAUGUUGCCGUAGCCAAGGGAUUUGAGGAUCUGGAGCUACCGGACCCCAGUGGUCGCCACAGUAAGAAGUAUAUUGAUCUGUGGCCGAUCCAAAUGUCUGCCGAGCUUGGGGCCGAUAGUGAAAGCAAGCAACAUGUGCUGACCACUAAUUUUGACACAUACACUUUGAUCCUUCAGUUGGGUUGUAUUCUCAAUACUGUUCCCUCGUGGAAGAAGACGUACCAAAUCCGAGUUGCGGUGUUCGUGGAGUACGAGACCGACGUGGAAGAUGAAAGACGACGAGUUGAGGCUCUCCUUGACAAAUUACGGAUUGAAGCCGAAGUUUUGGUUUUCUGCCUGGCCUGCGGUGACCUCCAGGCCUAUCAAAUCAUCGUGAAUGGUGAUACUUCGGUCCCAGUUGAUGCCCGAGAGAAAGUUAAUUCUACUCUACAGGGAGAGGAAUGGUGGCAAGGGGUCCUACAAGCCCGUGCCGUCGAUCAAGACCCGCUGGAUUCGGAUAGAACCAGCGACGGUUUACAUCUUGAUAGGUCAUAUACCUGGCAAGGACCAUCGAGCCAAGACAAUGGAGCCAGACCCUUGCACCAUCGAGUGACUGGCUUGAAAAAAUUGAUCGAUUCCACUCGUCGCAGACAAUCUGUCUCCAGCUUCCGGGCUUUAGGAGGAGUGAACCUCGGCAUGCAAACGCAUCGCUUGCUAGACGCGUUUGUCGACUACGAUAGCCCUGAUAGCACGAGUGAGAGCGAAGACAGUGACUCAGAGGCGUAUUCCAGCGAUCCGGACCCAGAGGACGGCGGAGAGGACAUAGCCAUUGCUCAAAAUGAGGCUGUCCCUGUUUCCGGCUCUUCAAGACUCCUUGGUCAAUCCGAGACAGAUGAUUGCAGUCCUAGUGCAGACUCCCCCAGCACACCAAUGCGUGUGAGCUCUCAAAUAGAGGAAACAUCCAACCAGCUAAUCCCAUCCAUAAUUGAGACUAGGGACGAUGCCUCCCCGAAAAGCAAACUUACAGGUCGACCAUCGGCCAUCAGUCGUACUGCUUCCAGCAAUCGGUUCAGCUCUUCGCCCAUCCCCGAAGCCAAAGUGAACACCGAGGCUGAGGAGGGCAAUGGACCGUCUAUCAUGUUUGCGGCGCAAAACUCACCUCCACGAUUUGCCAACAAGCUAGAUUCUAUCUACGCUCGUCGCCCAUCUGCCGUGUCUCCCACCUCCCCCGGUACCCAUAGCAGUUUACAUGCGCAUGCAACCGGAUACCCUGGUGUAGCAUCGGUUCCAUUGUCCUUCAAUGAUCUUCCCAGCCGAGCACAGCAUUUGAUUCUGAAUGAGUUGAUGGUCCAGCAAAGUGUUGAUACUGCCGUUAUCUUCACCACUCUUCCCUCUCCUGUGGAGGGGACUUCGCUCAAGGCCGAGGAUAGUGCAUCUUACUUGAGUGACCUGGAAGUUCUGUGGAACGACUUGCCCCCGUGUCUGCUAGUGCACAGUAAUAGCAUGACCGUGACCAUGAAUUUGUGA